GGUUUAUGCAAUAUAUUUUUCCUUUAAUAGUGCGUUGGUGCUGCCUACAUCACUGUAGUGUAGUGAGGCAUUCAUAGUAUAAAUUACCAGAAUAAAAAACAUGCUAUCCAUAAGGGACCUAUUUAUAAAGCAAUCUAUUAAAAUUAGUGUACAUUGCAGUGUAACUCUGAUUCAGGCACAUCAUUGGUUUCAUUUUGCAUAUUUAAAAACUGUUAAAUCAUACUGUUAAAUGUUAAUAUGGCAAGUUAUUAACAUUUUGAUGUAAUGUUUUCUAAAUAUGACUCUUGUUUAUGUUUAUUGAUAGCUAUGGGCUGGGGCAAACUGACAGCAGUACAGCACUGUUUAAGAUUAUGAAGAAAAAUAAACUAUAUUAUUUUAGGGAGAAAUACAUUUUAAUAACAUGCCUUUAAUGGACAAGCAUGAUUAUACAACUGCAAAUUUUGUUUUGAGCAGUUAAUUGACUAAAUAAAUUGACUAAACAUAGGUACAAAACAAAGAAGUUUCUAGGCUACACCACUUGCUGAUGAUACCUGUAGGUAGAAUGUAAAGAAUGUGACAGAUAUACCUAUACAGACCUAGGAAGCAGAGGACAGAGGAAUACUCCGAUAAACCUGUUUAAUCCCCUAAAGGGCACAGCACACCUCACAGGAAAUCUCCUCCCUCCUUGCAUUCUGGGCUUGGCUUUUACAAAACUCUACAUUUUCCCUCAGCUUUCAUGCAGACACACUGUGGGAUCGGAUAUCCUGAACACAAAUCUAGAAAACACCUGCGUUUAGAGUGUCUACUGAGCAAAAGAGUCCACUCCAUUUUAUCCAGCUUGCAAGGGACAGAAAAGAUAUAUCAAAAGAAACAAAAAUACAAGAGGUGAAAUGGCGAGCCCAGCAAAUAAAGAUGGCCAUGCAGAUCCAGACCGGAAGAAAAUCAUCAAGCAAAUGAAAGUGCGCACUACACUAAAGAAUGACAUGAGCUGGAUUAAUCAGCAAAGCACGGAAGAAAAGAAUGAGGGGAAUGCCAAUCUACUGUCACCCCGACAGAAAUUUGCAGACAGCAAGAAGAUUUUAUGGUCCUCAAUUCCAGAUUCCAAAGAUGUCAGUGACUCACCUGCAUUAUCACCCAAAGAAACUGUUAACAGAACUUCCUCUAGUCCAAUCCAAGCAACUAACAAGCCAUCUAGUCACAGACUUUCAACUGGAUACAUCAUAAGGGGUCAACCACUUUCUGGCUCAGAACAGACCAAGUCAUCAUUUAACGGCUACCAGAAAAACUAUGCUGUACAAACUAAGAGUGCCAGCCUUCCACGUGUGCCUACUGCCUCUGGCUUCAAGAUGUCCACAGAAGAAUACAAGAAAAUAGCGCCAUUUAACACAAGAAACAAAUCUAUAGGGGAUCUGUCAGAUGAUGAGACACCAUUUUCUGCUGAGGAACAAGCAAAGAGAACUGAAGCAGCAAGCGGUGUCUUAAAGAACACAACCGUAAAGGAUCGGUCGUAUGUAUUUUCUGCAGCCAAAAAAAGUAGUGUAACUGGUGCACCGGAUAACAACCAAUCACAAUUCGUGGCUAAAAGGGUGGAGGUAAAAGAAGAACAUGAAGAUAAUAAGAGGGAAACAUCCCCGAAAUCUACUUAUAGGGAUAAACAGGGAUCACCCUCAUAUUCAUUCACUUCAAGCAGAGAGGACAUAAAAGAAAAAUGGCAAGAAAACAAGAGUCCAUCACUUCCAAAAUCUCUGUCUGAUUAUCUGUUGGAAGAUGCCGGCAGAUUUGAAAGUGGUUACAAAACAACACAAACCAGUCAGCCAUCUUCUCUCUCAGCAUCCAGCAGUGGAACAAGCCCAGCCGGCAGCCCUAGACUGACCACCACGAAUAUUAGCAGAACUGUGGAAACAAGUAUCUCAUCUGUAAAACCGGAGCCAGGAAAGAUUACAGUUGUCAAAGAAGAAAGAGGACCAAGCCCAGCUGGCAGCCCCAAGGUGACUAGUAGACAUAUCAGCAGCACCGCUGAGACUAGUUUCUCAUCUAUAAAACCAGAGCAGGGGAAGAUUACAGUUGUCAAAGAAGAAAGAGGACCAAGCCCAGCUGGCAGCCCCAAGGUGACUACUAGACAUAUCAGCAGCACCGCUGAGACUAGUUUUUCAUCUAUAAAACCUGAGCAGGGGAAGAUUACAGUUGUCAAAGAAGAAAGAGGACCAAGUCCAGCUGGCAGCCCCAAGGUGACUACUAGACAUAUCAGCAGCACCACUGAGACUAGUUUCUCAUCUAUAAAACCAGAGCAGGGGAAAGUUACAGUUGUCAAACAAGAAAGGGGAACAAGCCCAGCUGGCAGCCCCAAGGUGACCCAUAGGAAUAUCAGCAGCACCACUGAAACUAGUAUCUCAUCUAUAAAGCCAGAGCAAGGAAAGAUUACAGUUGUCAAAGAAGAAAGGGGAACAAGCCCAGCUGGCAGCCCCAAGUUGACUACUAGGAAAAUCAACAUCACCAGUGAGACUGGUAUCUCAUCUAUUAAACCAGAGCCAGGGAAGAUUACAGUGGUCAGAGAAGAAAGGGGAACAAGCCCCACUACAAGCCCCAAAGUGACUACUAGGAAUAUCAGCAGCACUACUGAGACAAGUAUCUCACCUGGGAAGUUUACAGUAAUCAAAGAAAGUGGAUCAAGCCCAUCAGGGAGCCCCAAAAUGACCACUAGAAAUAUCAGCAGCACCACAGAAACAAGUAUCUCAUCCAUCAAACCGGAGCCAGGGAAGAUUACACUCAUCAGAGAUGACAGUUGGGUGAACACAGAAGAGAGAAGAGAACACAACAGGAGUCCUGCACCCCCAAAAUCUCUUUCUGAUUAUCUGCUGGAGGAUGCAAACAGGUUUGAAAAUAAUUACAUAGUGCAACAGUCAAGUCAACCAUCUUCUAACUCAGCAGCACGCACGGGAACAAGCCCAGCUGCCAGUCCCAGACUGACCCGUAGGAAUAUCAGCAGCACCACUGAGACUAGUAUCUCAUCCAUCAAAUCAGGGCCUGGGAAGAUUACAGUCAUCAAAGAUGAAAGCAGAACCAGCCCAGCAAGCAGCCCCAAACUGACCAGAACAAAUAUUAGCAGCAUCAUCGAGUCAAGUAUUUCAUCCAUCAAACCGGAGCAGGGGAAGAUUACAUUUGUUACAGAUGAAAGAACAAGCCCAUCCAGCAGCCCUACACUGGGCACUCGGAAUAGCCGCAGCACCACUGAGACAACUGUUUCAUCCAUUCAGCCAGAGCCAGGCAAGAUUACACUCAUCAAAGAAGAAAGCAUAAGUACACCAGAUGUUCCCAAACUGUCAACAUAUGGCACAAGCAUCACAGAGACAAGGGGAUCAGGUGUUCAGGCUGGACCUGGGAAGAUCACAGUUCUCAAAGAAGAAAGUAUCAAGGAUACUGCAGAUCUUCCAAAAUUGACUUCCUGGUCUACCAAAAAUGUCAUUGACUAUACUAAGCCAGAUAACCGGACCACAUCAGGAAAAAUCACUGUCAUGACAGAUGAAAGUGGCCCAGAUGUGAAUACAGAAAAUGAUCUGAUUAACUGGUCUGAUCUGGAUACAAAGCCAAGUUCUGGGGGAUUUGGUGAAACGUCCACAAUGGAGUCAUCAGUGAUUUCAACAUCUCCUAGUAAAAGACUUGUCUCACAGUCAGGAAACAGAAGUUCCACCACAGUAACCAGAGAAACACGAUAUGAGGCCUCAAGUGGUUCUGACAGAAGCAGCUCUCCAAGGCCCACUCCACGUUCUAGGGACAAUAUUACCACUACGGUUACAGAAUCCAAGUACAGAGUACCUGAAACUUUGAUUGACACUACCAAUGGUAGCAGUUACAGCUCCCGCACCACAGUUUCUACAACUCAUUCUACAGAAACUUCUAACACACAGAAUCUAGAAGGAAAUGAUUCCAAGUCCACAAGCAAUAAAGGAGUUCUUUUUGUAAAGGAAUACGUAAACACAAGUGGGAGUCUCAAAUCUCCAACAAAUUCUGGAAACCUACCAGACUUUACCGGGGACUUGGAGAGAUCCUACAGCAGCUCAAAUUACCUUUACAACAGUGCACCAAGAAGAUCUGAUGAAGGACCUUGCACUUACUGCGGACGUGAAAUCAUAGAUUGUGCAAAGAUUAUUCUAGAGCACCUUAAUAUUUACUGCCAUGAAUACUGCUUUAAGUGUGGCAUUUGUAACAAGCCAAUGGGAGAUUUGAUCGAUAGCCUAUUUAUUCACCGGGAUGUGGUGCACUGUGAGAGCUGCUAUGAAAAGCUUUUCUAGAUCACCGAAAUGAAGAGCAAUGAAAAUACCUAUGCUUACCUUGCCUACAAAUAAAAAAGUAUUUUACCAAUUUACUUCAGCUGAUAUUAAAUAUAAUAAGACUGUGAUGCUUAGAGGGUCACAAAUGUAUCUUUUGAUUUUGUGCUCUCUUGUAUUGUUCAAGAACCAUACUAAAGACAAAUUAUUAUUUUGGUCUAUUAGAACCAAACAUUACACACUAAUAUGUAUCAUGUUUGUGUUCUAAAUUCCUUCAUUAGUUAAUUCAGGUGAAAAGAGCAUUCAGAAGGAGUUGGAAAUCUUUUUUGUAAACCAAAAAUGCCCUGUAGCCUACCAGUUGUUAUAACAACAAUUCCCAGAAUUGCAUGACUGCCAGUUGUUAAAAAAGAACAGAAAGACUACAUGUAGGGCAAUUUUAUAGUAAAUGAAUAGAACCUUAAGAGCAAACAGAACAACUCAUCUACGGUGCUAACAAAUACAAUAUCAAAGACUUGGUAUAACAGAAUACUUACCAUGGUCCAUGAGAAAAUAUACCUUAUUUA